AAGGCUUUCACACCCUCACAUGCGUGAUUGACCCUUUGAUCCGUGGCAUUUUCUGAGGCCGUGCCAGCAAGAUAACCCAAACGAUAGGUAUUAACGAGCGGUCAAAAAAGCUUGUCUGCAUCCUAUCGCUGUCACUGUUGAUUCUAGACGAAGAAAGUAGAAUGCGACGAUACGGUAGCUUCCGUGAGGCCAAGAAGCAGCACAACACCACAUGCACUUGGCAACAUGCCUCUGGAUCGCUUGCACGAGGCCAUGGCUUAACUUAGCUAGAAUCUCAACCGAAUAAAAGGCCUCACAGUUGGCCUACGUCAAGGUAGGUUUCUUGUCUCGUUACUGUUCAUCAGCCACAACAGCAUCUAUUCAAACACUACAAACUUCAUAAUCGCUAGCAUCUACUUUGCUACCAUUCAAACUAUACCAUGGCAGCAUACUUUUCUUCGUCAAAUCAUCUCCACGACCCUGUUCAUGACCCCAUGCAUGAUUCUCUCCACCUCCUCAGUCAAGCCCACACUCUCCAUGGGGAUAGUCCCGUCUUUCUGACACCCUCUCCAUCAAUGUCUUUUACCGCACCCCACAAGUCCGCAUAUCCCCACAACCACCACCAAGUUGACCAAGCGGUCCAUUCCAUCCUGGACCACCACGUCGAGAACCAACUGCCGCCGUACCCAACUAUCUCCACCCGCCGGCUCGCCUUUGAGCGCCACCGGCCCCGUUGGCUGCGGGAGUGCAUCGCCGAGGCCACUGGCGUAUUCUUCUUCGUUUUCGCCGGCCUUGCUUCCAUCGCCACCUUCACCCUGCAUCAUGCUACCGACAAGAACUCCGCCGCCGGAUUCGGCUCCAUCUUCCAGGUCGGCUGGGGCAUGGGCAUUGGCGUGGCCCUGGCCAUCAUCACCUGCGCCCCAACUUCUGGCGGUCACUUCAACCCGGCCAUCACCAUCUGUCUUGCCAUCUGGCAGCACUUUUCAUGGCGCAAGGUGCCGCGUUACAUCAUCAGCCAGAUAAUUGGCGCGUUCGUCGCCGCCCUGACUAUCAUGGUCCUAUACUGGCAGCAGAUUCAAGACUUUGCCGCCACCCGUAGGGCUGCAGGCCUGCCACUGGUCGGCUCGCACACCCCCGCGUCCAUCUUCUGCUCAUACCCGAGCGCAGAUCAGAACUUAGGCUUCGUGCUGACCAUCGAGUUCGUCGCCGACGCCUUCAUUGCCCUUGUCGUCUGGGCCGCCCUCGACCCGUCCAACCCAUUUGUACACCCCGCCGCCAUCCCCUUCAUCAUCGGCAUAGCCUACGCCGACAUGAUCUGGGGCUUUGGAGGCGUCACGCUCAGCACCAACCUCGCAAGAGAUCUAGGCGCCAGAAUUGUCGCCAGCAUCCUCUUCGGCAGCGAAGCCUUUACAUACCACAACUACGCGCCCAUUGGAAUGCUAGUUAACAUCCCUGCGACAUUGUUCGGGACGGCCAUUUACGAGUUUGCGUUUAGGGACAGCCUGAUGAUUGUCGGCAAAGGGCAUGCCAAUGCUGAGGGCGGCGACGCAGCACUAUAUGAAUACUUUAGGAAAGCCAAGCUGAUUGACGAGGAGCAGGGCAUCAAGGCAUAACACACUUUUUUCGCGAGUGAUUACUUUUUAAGCUUCUUCGACAUGUUAUAUUAUACUGGCUUUAAUAAUAAAGAGGGGGAACAGAACAACACCACUCGCAUUUGUGACCGGAGUUCAGAGCUAAAAUUAGAAGCAUUUUCAGAACUGGAAUACAAAAACUUUAAUGUUCAUCUACUUUCCAUACUGAGCCUGAGAAAUCACAAGAUAAACUGAAAAGUAUUCAAGGGAUCAAGGAGACCAAUAAUGGGGCAUGUCAUCGUGAAUUGUGAUACAUUCGCCAAAUUUGGCCUGCGAAAUGGCCUAUUCCUGUUAAUCCUGCCAUGGAAUGAUCGGAGGUUCCUCCGCUGACGGCAGACAAUGAGCAUGGAUCGGGGAGGACAAACGCGGAAAGGGUGAUAGAUCGUCGGCCUGCUCCCUUCUAGUGCUGACGAGUGGACCAGCGUCCAUUCAUUUGCCAACCUCAGAGAGCUUCCCGGCAGCCGGAGACUGCUGAAGAUUUGGAAGCAGAAAAGAAAAAACCAAAAAAAGAAAACAGAGAGAGUAGACUAGCGCACCCAUCAAAGUAAUCGCCGCCUCCCCCGGGCAGUGUACAAGCCGCAACGUCAUGGCCCCGGGGAAUGCAUCCUAAAAAUCCAUCCAACCAGGCCAGGGGGGCCCGUUUUUGCUUACAACCACACUCUCCUCAAUCUCGGACUGUGAAUUCCAGGCAGCAGUUGAAACGCACCCUGCAAAAAAUUCCGCCUCUGGGCAGACGCUGAUGCGGCAAUGUCAAAAUCCAGCACUCUUUUUUUUUUUUUAUCCUUCGCCGAAAAUUGCUAUCCUGUAAGCUAAUCAACUUGGCAUGUUUUAUGGUGUAUUUUUUUCCCCCACCCGGGAAGCGAUAUUCUAUUUACGGCUGCCACGGAAUCUCUCCUAUGGGAUGGUGGUAAGACUGCGCGCAUGUUUGCGGCUCCUUCCCUAUGAUAAUAUGGGUUCGUCGUUUUUUCUUUUCUUUUCUUGGUUGCUGUCAGAUUUGGGAUGCUGCCUAGAGAUGGCGGCCUGCAGUACAGGGAACAAGCAUUCGUUCCAACCCAUCCAAUGUCAGCCUCAGCCAGGGUCAGGGGGAACGACAUGUUUGCGCAAUGAUCUGUUGUCAUGGGUAGGGAAGAGGCAUGAUCUUAUAUAUGAUACCCGUUCCCGCGAUCUGGAAAAUAGUUUCAUCGUCGACUCUUCGUCCGAACAACUCAGAAAAAGGUCAUCAGAUGUUCAUUAACUCCUGCGGGCGCCCUUACGCCAGCUUACGAUAAUCUCUCUAGAAAAUAAAGCCAACUUACCCAUCAGCACUUGACCUGCCAACUUGAAGCAAAAAGCUGUUAUCAUUAUCCGCUCCCAAAAAACAGACAAAGACAACGAUGAAGACAGACUGGGCCCGCGCUUUCCCGGCCUUCCUGCUCAGCCUGGGAUGGCUGUCUCGCGCAACCGUGGUUCCGGGCGACUUUGAGCUGCGCAUCAUGGUCAUUGGCGCCUCCAUCUCCGCCGGCCAGACCGGCGGCGGCGUCGUGACAAACGGCUACCGCAAACCCCUGGCAGAUCUGCUUGACAACGACGGCUGGGAGAUAGACUACGUGGGGACGAGGAGCAACGGCGACAUGGAGGACAAUCAACACGAAGGCUACCCAGGAAUCCGCACCGAGCCGCUGGCAAAACAGACGAGGGAAAAGGGCGUGGUGGAGGAGUUCCUCCCGAACCUGCUGCUGCUCAACGUCGGCACCAACGACUGCUCUCAGCGCGUCAACGCCACCGAGGCCCGUCGCAUAUACACCGCCAUGAUAGACGCCGUAUUUGCACCGGCGGGGCAGGAGAACCGGUUCCUGAUUGCGUCGACGCUGCUGCCGCGCCGGGAGCAGGACGCCGGGCUGCAGAACUGCACCACCGUCUUCAACGACGUCGUCAGGGAUCUGGUCCAGACCCACCCCAUGAGCGCACGUCUGGGCCUGGCCGAUAUGAACACGGGCUUCAUCACCGUCGACGACCUGGCGUCCGGUGACAACCUCCACCCGAGCGAGGAGGGGUUCGCAAAAAUGGCCGACGUUUGGCAUGAUGCCAUAGUUAGCAACAUGGAUAGGCUCACUCCUCCCGAGUAGAUGCGUGUUGCGGUUGCUUUUUGUAAAUAUCAGUGUAAAAUUGGAGAUUGUUCUCUUAAACUAGCUAAUUAACAAUGAUCCGAA